CCCCUCGCCUGAGUGAUCUCACCUCCCAGGACGUGAACUGGACAAGACAAAUAAACCCAUUGGUUAACACUGGCUCUGUCAAAGAGAGCACGGUUUACAGCAAACCACCCAGUGAGACUCUAUGAGUAAUGUGAGGAUAUAAGGAGAUCAUUAUAGUGAGCAUCUGUUUACAAUAGAAAUAAAAGGAUUAAAGAACAAUAAUUCUUUGUAGAAAUGUGAGACUUUUGAACGGUGACAUUCUCAACGUUUGGGUGACAUUUCGGCUGAAUGGUGAUCUCGCGAAGUUACAGGAAGCCGCAAGCCGUAGCUUUGCUUUUGAAACAUUGUUGAAAAUUUUCGAGGGGCGUGCGAUUGUGUUUGGCAAACUGUGGUCAGUCUCGCGGAGGUCGGGACACGAAGGCUGUGGGGUUGUUUGGCCACCGGGAGAAGAAAGAGAGGAAGAGAAAUGUCUGGAUCUGCAGGGUGAAAGAGACCCAAGCAGCACAGUGGAUGGGAUUGCAGCUUGAGCCAGAUAUGCAGCAAAGCAAGUCACAAAUUGUGAAAUUUACUUGGCUGUUUUCCCUGGGAAGAAGUGUGUCUCAGAGCAGAAGCCUCCCAAGACUCCCUAUUAGAGCUUGACUAAUACUGCGUAGAGCAGAAAACAAAACAGGUUUCUUUUCAACACGCGUGUCAGUGGCUGCCUCGGCAGACAGAUUGUUCUGGAGAAAAAUCUGCACGCCCAUGAACUGCCUGAAGCCAUAACUCCAAACCAGCUUAUGGGGCUUUGUGAUUGUUAUUGUUAUUAUUAUUGUUUGUUUGUUUGUUUUUUUGUAAGAAGAGCAGUGCAAAGACAGAGGAUCUGAGAAACACAACCCUUUUGACCUUCUGACCUGCAAAUCCAGACGCAGAGUUUUCGUCCAAGACCAGCCAGGAAGGCGAGUGGGGUCCUUAGGUGCUCCCCUGCUUCCAGAGCCUCCGACCAGCCUCCGACCAGCCACCACAGAGUAGCGCUAGCCCCGGAUCAGGGGGCAGGGAUGGACAGGGCGCACGUCCCCAUCAGGAGAGGGGCCAGCUGGACUGGCCCCUCUGCCAUGACCCUUGCAACGGGCUGCAGCACCAGCAUGGAGAAAGCCCAGGAGGAGGGCAGUGGGAGCAAUGACCGGAGCAGUCUCCACACCUGGGAGAAGGAGACACACAGCUGGAUCAAAGCGAAGCCCGCCCUGGUCUCCGGCACCGCCCACGCUGCACGAAAAACAAGUCUCGGAAGGAGCGUCAGCCUGUCGGAGAAGGAGCUGAAGGAAGCGCGAACUCGGAGCCAGAUCAUUGCCGCCCAGCUGACCGUGCCGUCCAGCUCCAGCUCCAGAGGUGUCCAGCUGUUUAACCGCCGCCGGCAGAGGGUGGACGCCUUCACGCUGGUGAGCAUCGGAGGGGGGCAAGGAGAAGAAGGAGGCCAUAACGAGUCCUGGAACGCGCCUGAGCCACCCUCUCUGAGCACGCCGCCACGGGACAGGAAGCACUCAGCCGACGGCCGGUCUGAGCGCUCGAAGCCCAGAAGUGGUGGAGCACAGGACCCAGGAGGUUUCACCAGCGAAGAAGCCACGCAACGUGACAUGGACCAGGCUGGUGAGGCAGUGUGUGAGACGAGGCAUAGGGAGGACGGUGUGCAUGAGAGUCAUUUCCUCCCCGUGAGAGACAAGGAUGAAGAGACCCCUGGGGAGCUGUCUGGGGAAGCAGGGCAGCGAGGUGCUCCUGGUGGCAUCAGCACCGCUGCUAUUGCUGACCAAUCAGGAGAGGAAGGGGCGGAGCUUAACAAGGCAUGUGAGUGCCUCCGCGUUCCUAAUGGUUGUCAUGGCAAUGAGGUCAACGGAAAAGCAUGUAGGCCAGUGUCGAAGCAGCCGGCCAUCACGAACAGAACCGCGCGGCCUUUCCUCUCCCCCACCACGGUGGGCUCGGCUGAGUCCACGGGCCCUCUCAUCACCUCCAGCUCCACGCCCCACCUCCCGGCCAGCCAGGAGCCUCCCCGAUCACAGAUAAACAUCGAACCUCCUUCUCCAGCAUCCUCCAGGCCGGUGUUCUCUCCUCCACCUCCUGCUCCUUCGUACCCAACGCCUCCCCUCCCAGCUGCCAUGAGCGCAUGGUCAUCCUUCACCUCCCAUGCUCCUCGUCCCACAGCCAUGUCUCCGCCUCCAGGCCCCACCUACUAUGCCCCAUCUACUGCUCCAUGUCCCAUGUUUGUCCCUCAGCUCCUGAGUGAAAGGAGGGUGGUCACCUCCUUUCGGACGGGCCUCCUGGAUGAAGGCCGGUUUCGGCGGGUGAACCGCAAGUCAAUGUUCACUUUCCAGGAGAAGCCAAAGUUGUCUCCGAACCCUGAGCUCCUGUCUCUGGUUCAGGGGGCGGACGAGAUGAGGAAGGUGAGGGGCCAGCCAGAGUCGCAGCAGGAGGAGGAAAUGCUGGCCCUCGGAGCAGAGGCCUCCAACUUCCUGGCCAAGGAUGAGAGUGGCGUGGAGGAGGCUCUGGUGCCGGAGUGGGCAUCAACACUGAAGAGUUCCAGAACGCGAGCCAGAGUGGAGCACACACCCGAGCAGGCCCUGACUGAUGCAUCUGGAAGAGGGGCCGAACUGUUCGCUCGACGGCAGUCCAGAAUGGAGAGGUACGUCCAUGAAAUGGCGCCUGGGCGGCGUUCUCCAUCCCCGACCCACUCUCUGCCUCCCUCCUGGGCCUAUCCAUCCAGCAUGCCUGGCCGAGUCAAGGCCAUCGUGCACUCCUCCAACAUCAGCGCUGAGAUUUCAAAGACCCUUCAAGACCAGAAGGCCAGCAAUAAGAGCAUCCCGGCAAAGGUGCCAGUGCCAACGCCCGCGCCGGUUCCGGAUAGCCCUGCCAUGGAGAACGGCUGCAGCAAGGUGGAGCUGGAGCUCUCCCGGCACCAGCCGUACCAGCUGAACUCCUCCCUGUUUAUCCUCAACCCCAUCAAGGAUCCUAUGAGCACCCUCCCCAGAGCAGCACCCCCACGCAAGUCCAUGGUGACAGGAUUCUCUUUCCCCCAGCAGACCUCUCUCCCGUCUAGCCCCAACCCUACCCAGCAUGCCUACAGGUCGGCCCACUUCUUCUCUCCUCCCAUGACGCCUGUGGGGAUGGCAAGCGGCGGUGCAGCCUCCCCCAUGUCAGGCAUGGCUUCACCUCGGUCAGCCGUACAGACACCCAAACCCACCUUCUCUGCCAAGAAAGCUGGGAUCGUCCCACAGGUUACGGAUGAGUCUCCAGUUGUUACCCCACCCAGCAGCUCCAGCACCCCAACUCCCUGGAGCUCCAGCCUACCUCGCUGCCCCAGCAGAGAUGAGAAGCCUCCCUGUGCCCCAUGGUCCCCCAGCAGCCAGCGCAGCUCUCUGGUCACUUCCCCACCCCCCCAAACCAUCCAUAAGCCAGUCACCUUCUCCCCAACUCCAAGACCUUUCCAGAGCCUUUUGCCUUCCUGGCCAACCGCUACCCAUGCCACAACCACACCUGUGUCUCCACCUUGGCAAACCACGUGCCAAUCCCCCAUCGCCCUCCAAGACACCAAGGCCAGCCAUCGUCUCCUGGCCAAAAACAUCAUCAAUGCGGCCAAGAGGAAGAACAGCCCAUCACCCGGGGCUCUGAGCAGCCACAGCCUCCCCAUGUCUCCGCUGAGCAGCACGGCACUGUCCUUCGAGCCCAAACUCGCCAACCCCGGCCAGUCGCACUCGCUCGCGGUCCGGUCCCCCACGUUCACCAGCCCCCCGCCCACCCCAACACGUGCGGUGCGCUCCCCUCUGCGCCUCUACACCACCCGCUCCCUCACAGACUCCGACGCCUCGCUGGAGUCGGAGGACUCAGGAGUUCGCUCGCCCGGGCUGCGCAGCUACAACACCUGCCCACGUGCCUGGACCGGGAGCCUACGAGUGAAAAGGGGUGGGGUUUCUGAAGACCUGUAGGACGCACACGUUACACACAGUGGAGGUUUGGUUACCUCCUAAUAAACCUGUGAUCAUUAACCUAUCAACCUGGAGCUGUAUUUCUUUUGCAGAGUUUAGCCCUUACCUGUCAUUUGACACACCCGAUCCACACCUAAUUGGUGCCUCUGGAAGACCUCGAUUAGCUGGUUUGGCAGUAUUCUGAUUGGGUGAAUACUGUAGUUAACGGGACAGGUGUGGACUAAAAUUUAGCAAUCACAGAGAAUAUACUACAGAACGAGAAAACCUAAAGCCUGAUUCUCUUCCUUCCGAUUCCAAGGUGGCCAUUAAAUUUUGAAUGUAAUCCUGGAGGGGUCUGGGACUUGUUCAACAACACGGCUGGAAGAUGUUCUUUCGCUUGGAAUAAUGAAGCAAUAAGCAAAGCUUUUUUUCAUGCACUGACUCACUGCAUUCCUUCCCAGUCACCAGACUCUGCAUACACUGCAUUCGGGGCAUUUCCACCUGCUCUUACACACCUAGCCUGAGUCAUGGGCAGCUUGGCCAUAACUGCGAUUCAAGGCGGUGUGUGGAAGGACAAAUAUUCAACUGGGCAACGCAGGGGAAAACCCCAGCCUGUGACUGAACGGCGCCAUUUGGACAACUCUGCGCCCGCCUGAGGGUAGUUCUCUUGGUAGACUUCCUUACCUGGACUGGGGACUUUUUAAAAUUUAACCAAAGACUUUUCAUUGCUUCUAGACCAAAGAAAUGAUCGAUGUGCGAACGCCCUUUUAAAGCAGUAUUAGAUGAUCUAAUUUUAUGCAUUUUGCUUCUUCCAGUGUAAAUCUAUAAAACAAUUCACAUUUUUUGUUCUUUUUUGUAUAGCAUUGCUUCGGAAACAUUUGAGAGUGCAGGAAGGCAGUUUACUGACCAUGUAUGCGGGUCUAACACAAAUCAAAUGUUGAAGGAAUCCGUGGGUACAAAAUAACUGAAGGUCAUGUUUGACAGGGUGACAGGCCUGACCCGUCCUAUGAACAGUGGUAACUGAUAAUGGUAUUGUUGAAAUCUCUGAAUUUAGCACGUACUAUUAAACAGUAGGGCAAAAGGACUGACAUUUAAAACGAGGGAUUACUGCACUGCGCUUUCAGGAGAUUUAGAAAUCUCUCCUAUGUGAACACCAGUCCUACAGUUGAGUAUUUACAUGUGUGUUUGGAGAACACUCGCACAUAUGUGUGUGUGUGUGUGUGUUUAGAAAACGGCUGUGGCUUAUGCUGUGUGUGUGUGUGUGUGGGGGGGGGGUUGUUAACACGUUUUAAUAGGAACCAGGGAGAGCUGAAGAGUGCUGCCGUAAGCUAAAGAGCUCCAGAGUCCAGCUCAUCAACUGAUCUUAAUGGAAAGCACAACAAUAUGAAAAAGUCUAAUGUGCUUAACAUCACUAUUUAGUAAUUGGCUUUGCCUUGCAUAAUCUUACAAUUUAAGACUUAAUCUUAAAUUCAGUCAAACCCCCCCCCCCCCAAAAAAAAAAACAAAAAACAAAACAACAACAACAAAACACCUUCAAGCAGAAAGUUUCCAUACCUGACACUCCUAGGGUUGGUGUAUUUGGGAAGGUAAUAAUAACUGCUUUUGUUAAUACCAUAUGACAUCCAGGCUGUAUUUUUGUAAUAUAUUUGCAAGAUAAACCUUUUCAAAAUAUUUCAGCUGAAGGAAUACUUGAUCCAAAAAUGUCAAGGUGGACGGAAGUGUGUGGGAAUUAGUUAGCAUAACACGUGACUCGCAUAAUGCUAGCUGCUUCCUACUGGCUUUCAUUUAUUAUUAGCAGAGUUAACAUUUUGAAUGAAGUAGUACUUUAGGGGUUGAGGGGAAAAAAGGCAACAGAGCAUCGAGUACCAUACUUGGUACAAAUACGGUGAAACCAAUGAACGCAUUUGUUUCUGGAUGUUGUAUUUCAGCAGAAAGAAAACUAAGCACAUAUUAGUUUUAUGCAGUGUUUUUUUUAAUUUUUAUAUCAUUUCUUGCACUUUUUUUGUACUCAACAGCCUGCAUGCGUCCAAGCCAAAGCAUAUCUCCCAGCACAGACCGCAUAUGCUAUUUCUAUAAAGCAAAGAUCUCGUCUCGUCUGAGACCAGCAGAGGAUGACAGAGGUAAACGUUCCUCUGAGCACGGAGUAUCCCGGAGAACUGAGCAGCAGAUUAAGUAUCGUGUACACCGCAGGC